UGCUCUCUGCGGCACCCCCUUCCUCUCCUCAGCACCCACCCACCGCACAGCGAUGGUGCUAAAGGAUCCCGCCGUGUCUCUGACCCUUUUCCUUUGGAUUACGGCUUCCUGGGGCUGCCUGGCUGCAGCUGCCGGGGUUGCUGCUGCUCGCAAGCAGGACGAGUCUUUCUCCACUGUCAGUGUCUACAGAGCCAGAUGCACCUCCAGGUGCCUGAGCCUGCAGAUCACUCGCAUAUCUGCCUUCUUCAAGCAUUUCCAGAACAAUGGCUCCCUUGUUUGGUGCCAGAAUCAUAAACAGUGUUCAAAGUGCCUGGAGCCCUGCAAAGAAUCUUGGGACCUGAAGAAAAACCAUUGCCAAAGUUUCUGUGAGCCUCUUUUCCCCAAGAAGAACUAUGAAUGCCUAACUAGCUGUGAAUUCCUCAAGUAUAUCCUGUCAGUGAAGCAAGGAGACUGCCCAGCACCUGAGAAGGCCAGCGGUUUUGCGGCUGCCUGCGUUGAAAGCUGUGAGGCUGACAGUGAAUGUUCUGGGGUGAAGAAAUGCUGCUCCAAUGGAUGUGGACAUACAUGUCAAGUACCAAAAAAUCUGUACAAAGGUGUUCCAUUGAAACCCAGGAAAGAAUUAAGAUUCACAGAACUUCAGUCUGGACAACUGGAGGUUAAGUGGUCUUCAAAAUUCAAUAUUUCAAUUGAGCCUGUGAUCUAUGUGGUGCAGAGGAGAUGGAAUUAUGGAAUCCAUCCCAGUGAGGAUGAUGCUACCAGCUGGCAAACGGUGGCACAGACUACAGAGGAGAGAGUACAACUGUCUGACAUAAGACCCAGCAGGUGGUACCAGUUCCGAGUGGCGGCCGUUAAUGUGCAUGGGACAAGAAGCUUCACAGCACCCAGCAAGCACUUCCGCUCCUCUAAAGACCCAUCUGCUCCACCAGCCCCAGCUAAUCUCAGAAUUGCCAACUCCACUACAAAUAAUGAUGGAAGUGUAACUGUAAGGAUUAUUUGGGAUCUCCCAGAAGAACCUGAUAUCCCAGUUCAUCACUACAAAGUCUUUUGGAGCUGGACAGUCAGCAGCAAGUCUGUCAUCCCAGCUAAGAAGAAAAGAAGGAAGACUACUGAUGGGUCCCAAAAUUAUGUGGUCCUGGAAGGACUGCAACCCAACAGCAACUACAUGGUAGAACUGCAGGCAGUAACAUACUGGGGACAAGUACGACUGAAAAGCGCCAAGGUGUCUCUCUAUUUCAGCUCAACUCAAACAACUGUUAAUAAAGAACAGACCUCUCCAAUUGGGAAAACCCGGAAAGGACUAGCUGAUCCUCUUCCACCCUUUCAAAGAAGGAGACCGGCUCGUCUUCUUGAAAUUGGAGCUCCUUUCUAUCAAGAUAAUCAGCUUCAGGUCAAAGUCUACUGGAAGAAGACAGAAGACACUAGUAUGAGUCGAUAUCACGUCCAGUGGUUCCCAGAAUCCUGUGUGUACAAUGAAACUAAAGGGCCUGAAAAAGCAACUGGCCUGACCUAUGAAAACUACAUAAUUCUUCAGGACCUGUCAUUUUCAUGUAAAUAUAAAGUGACCGUUCAGCCAGCAAGAUCUAAAGGUCGUUUGAAGGCUGAAAGUAUUUUCUUUACCACCCCACCUUGCUCUGCUCUUAAAGGAAAAAACCACAAGCACAUUACUUGUCCUGCUGAAGGAGCAUCAGUUCUUCCUAAAGUGCUGGCCAAACCCGAGAAUCUAUCUGCCUCUUUCAUUGUUCAGGAAGUAAAUAUUACUGGUCACUUUUCGUGGAAGAUAUCAAAGGCAAGUCUUCAUCAGCCCAUGACAGGGUUUCAAGUCACCUGGGCAGAGGUUACUACAGAGAGCAGACAAAACAGCUUACCCAACAGCAUCAUUUCCCAAUCACAGAUACUGCCAGCAGAUCAUUAUGUGCUGACUGUCCCCAACCUGAGGCCAUCAACGCUUUACCGAUUAGAAGUGCAAGUGCUGACAACAGGCGGGGAGGGGCCAGCCACAAUAAAAUCUUUCCGAACACCUGAUCUGCUGCCAUCUUCACCCCACAGGCCUCAUCUGAAACAGCACCAUCCACAUCACUACAAGCCACCCCCAGAAAAAUACUAGACUGCUUAAGAUGAUUAAACGAAUAACUGAGAGAAAAACUGAGCUCCCACAAGACGACCAGAAAAAUGCACAUCUGUAGGAACAAUGAAUCAAUUUUUUCCAGUGGAAGUUAUCAUCCUGUAUGAUUUGUAGCCACUUCUACAUAGUUUAAGCAUGAAGAAUAGUGUUUGUACCAAUGCCAGGAUGAAAUGUACAGCAACUAUCAUGAAGUACCACCCCUAUUCUGCUAACUGAAGAUUGCAUCCAAUUCAACACAUCUGAGAAAAAUCAAAUGUAUGUUUGUUGUAAUAACAUUUUGUUUCCUAGGUUUAAAGUAGAUGGAAGGGGUGCAGUGAAUAACAGAGGCUUUUGUUUUGCUAAUCUUUAUAACAAUAUCUGAGACAUUGUUCUUUUAUGUAUACAUAGCUUUGAAAGCCAGAGGCCAGAUCUUCAGCUGGUGUAAAUUAGCAUCUCUCAGUUGAACUCAGUGGAGCUGAGCCAAUUUACAUCAGCUAAGCCUGUACAGUAAAUAGUUUGCCAUUAAAGGAUAUCUCCAUUUACCUAAAAUAAGUGCACAACCAAAUAAGUAGGAAUAACAGAUACAUACAGUUCAGUCUGCAAUGGAAACUACUAUUAA